AAGUAGUGUCAAUAGUGUAGAGCCUGCGUGUUGCGUGCGUGCAGCGCGUAGGUUCGCGUUCGCUUGGCAUUCUGAAAGAAACAAACAGACCUGCGCAACUCCAGCCUGCAUUUGCCGGCGAUUUUCCUUACUUUCUGUCUACUUUAGUUAACCUCAUGGCAGGAGAAGUUAUUGUUGAUGCCCUGCCGUACAUUGACCAGGGUUACGAUGAAGCCGGUGUGCGCGAAGCGGCGUUGGCGAUGGUGGAUGAAGAAACUCGUCGCUACAGACCAACCAAAAACUACCUCGAACAUCUUGCCCCCUUGAAUACAACCCUUUUUGAGACAGAUAUGAUGAAAAGUGAGUGGGAACGUAUGCAGCAGCGACAACCCAUGGAUGUACUCAGUAUGAAACGGUAUGAGUUGCCUCCUCCCCCUGCUGGGAAAAUGACUGACAUCGCAGCUUGGACUGAAUGUGUAGAGAAUUCUCAAGCACAACUGGAACAUCAGGCUACCCGUAUUGCCAAUCUUGAGUUGAUGUUAGAUUAUGGCUGUGAGGCAUGGAAAAGUUACCUUGAGCUACUUGUGGCAUCUGUUUCCCAAGCUCAGAAAAAUCUUAUGGCACUAAGAAAAGACAUUCAAGAAAUUAACUGGGAAAGAAAGAAUGCCCAAAUGAAAGGAGGGGAGAAGUUGAGAGAAUUGGAGUCAACUUGGGUAGGCUUAGUGAGUAAAAAUUAUGACAUAGAACAAGCCUGUGUUACCAUAGAAGAAGACAUAGUAAGACUUCAGAAGGAAAAGGAGGGUGCUCUCAAGAGGCGCAGAAUUGAAGAGGAAAGAGCCAAUGUUAAGAGGCGAAAAAUUGAACAGCGAGAAUUAGAGCGACAGCAACGGGAGGAGCAGAUGCUGCGGGAGCAACAGCAACUAGAACAGUUAAGACUGGAGCAAGAAGCUGCUGAAGCUCGAGCAAAUGAGGAAGCUGAAGAAGAAUUAGAACGACAAAGAAUCCAUGAAGCUUGGCAAGAUCAGCCAGAUGAAGACACGUCCAACGCAGAGGCCGAGCAGAACACCAACCAUGCAGAAAAUAGUGAUAGUCAAGAAAGCACCCAAUCAAGAGGCAACUCAGAUUCAAAUCAAAGUGGUGAUAAUGGUGGAGUGGAAGAUAGUAACAGUGGAACUGACAGCUAACUAAGAAAGGUAAUUUAAGUAGAAUCAUGUUGGGUUGUGAAACAUGAAAUCCCUUUUAUGACAACUUGAUUAUUAGAUUUAUUUCUUGCUAAAUCUACUUUUACAAUUUGGGUUUAAUUUGAGACAGUCAUAAUAAUGUAUCUCAAUGAAAAUCACGUAUACAAUGAAGGAGAAAAUUCCAGUUCAAUCAUGCAAACUUGCAUAAAUUAUUCCAAUUAUAAGUUGGGUCACCUCUAAUCAUUCUUGGUCAAUCUUACAUUGAUUUUUGAAAAUAAAAUGCCAUAUAAAAUCA